CUCGACAUGGCUUUCCUCUUAUCUCUAAAAUAAGAUGGUGGAGAGAAAAGAUACUCGAAUAAUUUAACUAAUCUCUAUCGUCGUUGACUAGUUGCUUUGCUUCUCGAUUGAGUACAUCAUUUUACGUAAUUAUACGUUUUUUUUAUAUAUAUAAGAUUGUACCGUUGUUAUUCGCGUAUCGUAAUGCCACCUAAAUUGGAAUUAAUUGCCGCAGCAUGCGAAAAUAUGGGUAUCGGAAUAAAUGGUGGUUUACCUUGGCGUUUGAAGACUGAAAUGGCAUUCUUUACACGCAUGACAACCGAUACAAAGGAUAAAGAUAAAAAGAAUAUCGUACUUAUGGGACGGCGUACAUGGGACUGUAUACCUGAAAAAUACAAACCUUUAGAGAACCGUAUAAAUAUGGUGUUAACAUCACAAUCAUUGAAUUAUGGAGAUAAAGCAAUAAUAUGUAAAAGUAUACCACAUGCUAUUGAAGUGAUUGCGGAGAUGCAAAAUCAAGUAGAAAGAGUAUGGGUAAUAGGAGGAAGUAGAGUGUACAAGGAUGUCAUGGGAUCCCCAUAUUUUGGACGAUUAUAUUUGACACGUAUAAAGAAAGAAUUUAAAUGUGAUACAUUCUUUCCCCCUAUUCCAAGUGGCUUUGUACUGAUAAAAGAUCCAACUGUACCACAACAUAUCCAAGAAGAAAAAGGAAUAAAAUUUAUAUAUGAAGUAUAUGAAAAAAAAUAAUUACCAGAUAUUUCAAUAUCUUAAUUAUUGAAACAAUUUACAACAGAGACACUAUUUUUAUAAAGUAUUUUUUUUGCUAUGUACCUAUGGUAUGUAAUAAAAACAUGAGACAUUGUGACAAACACAUUAAUAUUAUUAAUCAUUCAUGUAAUUAUAAUAUACAAACACAAUAUUGUUAAUUGUUAUGCUAUAUUUUUUUUUAACAAUAUUUUUCAAGCAUACAUUUUAAACAAAUUUAGGAUAGAAAAAUUUGACAAAACCCAUACCUUUGCUACUAAUUUUACACCACCUUAUGUUUCAUAAUAAAAGUUGUGUCUGUAUAUUUAA